CAGUGAUUCUUUAUUAUGAUUGAUUUCUAUACUUAGAUCAUGUUGAAAAAUCAUUGAGCGCUCACUGAUCUGCUUUCUCUGCUGAACGCAGCCAAUAAUACUGAUGUAAUUCACGCAUGCGUAUAGAAGAUCCUGUAAAAAUGUAUUCACUGCUCACUGGUUUGAAGAGGUUGAGAAAAUACAGAGGCUAAGUGUUUUUUCAAAAUGUUUAAUAAGAGAAAUAAUUUAGUAGAAUCUAUGAAUUCUUCUAACACAAGAUCUUCCAGAGAACGUAAAAGUUGUCUGAAGCAUGCCUUGCAGAAAACAUUGGUUUUACAGGAUAUGAUUAAUGAUUCUACAAUAAAUAAGCUUGAUGAAGCCAUAAAUGAAGUUGAUCAUGUUACUUAUGAAACAAGUAUACAAGAAAAAGUUUCUAAUCAGCAGGAAGUGCUUAUUGAUUCACAAAUGAUGACGUCUUCUUCCAAAGUUCUGAAAAUCUGUACUAAUUCAUUAACAAAGAGAAUGCGUGAUUAUGAUUACAUGGAUUUUGCACAAAAGCUGAUAAAACAUUUGCAAGAAACAGAAGAAUCUCUGAAUUGGUCAAUUUUAGAAAGACAAGUAACAAAAGCAUUCAAAAGGAUUGCUAAUACUAGCACGCUGUUAGGAACAUUAGAUCCUUUAGAAAAAAAGACUGUAAUCAGAAAGAAACCUGAACAGAGAGUAGCAUCGCAAGCUAAAGUAAUAGUGCCUGAUAAAUUAGUGCCGUGUGCACAAAAUAUAAAAGAUGAAGACAGUGUGGAACGUACUGUGAGAAAAAUUAAAAAGUUAAUCACAUGUUAUUGUAAAGAAACAGGAAAACCACUUAAUUUUUUUCAAUUGAUUCUACAUCCUUAUGAUUUUGGAAAGACUAUUAGAAACAUGUUAUACAUAUCACAUCUUAUAAAAGAUGGAGUAAUACAGUUAAAAAAAGAUCAUGGAAGUCUUGUUGUAGAACCAUAUCGCAAGGAUCUCAGUUUACAAGAAAAACAAUCUGGCAAAAAAGUAGGCAUUCAAAAUGUUAUAUCAUUAAACAUGAAACAAUGGACAAUAUUAAAAGAGGCAUAUAAUUUGACGAAACCAAUGAUUGAUUUUGACGAAGAUCAAGGAUAAUUAGUAUUUAACACGCUCUCUUGCAAAUAAAAGAAUAUGAUUUUACUAUAUUUUCUAUCGUAAGUUUCCGAUUAUAUAGUAUUAAUCAUUUUUCACAACUUAUUAAAAAUUAUUAAAAAGAGAUUGUUAUGUAACAAGUAUUGUUUUUUUGAUAAAACUUUUAUUAAUAUCUAACAUAUACAUCAUGAUUCUGCGUAUAUGUUAAUUAGUUAUAACAUGAUUUGUACUGAUUAAAUCUAUAGAAAAAAUCCAGAAGCA